AUGGCCACGCAAACAUUCGAGACCAACGGUGUUCGCAUUGCUGUCGAGGGCUGUGGCCAUGGCACCCUCAAUGCUAUAUACGCCGCCGUCGCGGCCUCCUGCGAGGCGCGCGGCUGGGACGGCGUCGACUUGCUCAUCAUCGGCGGCGACUUCCAGGCCGCACGAAACGCUGCCGACCUUACCGUCAUGUCCGUCCCCGCCAAGUACCGCGAGCUGGGCGACUUCUGGGAGUACUAUGCCGGACAACGCACGGCGCCCUACCUGACCGUCUUCGCUGGUGGCAACCACGAGGCGGCGAGCCACAUGUGGGAGCUGUUCUACGGGGGCUGGGCCGCGCCCAACAUCUACUACCUCGGCGCCGCCAACGUGUUGCGCCUGGGCCCGCUGCGCAUCGCCGGCAUGAGCGGCAUCUGGAAGGGCUUCGACUACCGCAAGGCCCACCACGAGCGGCUGCCCAUGGGGCCCGACGAGAUCAAGAGCUUCUACCACGUCCGCGAGGUGGAUGUGCGGAAGCUGCUGCUGCUGAGGGAGCAGGUCGACGUCGGCAUUAGCCACGACUGGCCGCGCGCCAUCGAGAGGUGGGGCGACGAGAAGGCGUUGUGGAGGAUGAAGCCCGACUUCGAGCGGGAGUCCAAGGAUGGCACGCUGGGCAACGUCGCCGCCGAGUACGUAUGCGACCGUCUGCGGCCGCCGUACUGGUUCUCGGCGCAUUUGCACUGCAAGUUCGCCGCGUUGAAGAUUUACAAGGACGAGUCUGCGGCGGCUACCACGACCAAGGACGAGGCUCCUCCAGCUCAGACUGCGGCGGCAGCGUCCGUUCCUCCGGCAAGAGAACCGGUGAUAGCGCCUGAUAACCCCGACGAAAUUGACCUGGACGGCGAUGAGGAGGUCACGGAUGCUCCCGCUCCGGCAGCAUCUGCGAACCCAGACGAGAUCGGUCUCGACGAUGACGACGACGACGACGAUGGCGACGGCGAGAAUAAGAACGGCCAGACUGCCACUUCUGAAAAGACAACAAGCAAAGAAGAAUCCACAGUCAAGACCUCCGUCCCCAAGGAGCUCCGGGCUCAACUCCCGGCCUCGUUCACGCGUCCCCCGCCACAGCCCAAGAGGACGCCAGGCCAGCCCGUACCUCCGACGAUCACAAACAAGCAGGUCAACUUCCUCGCGCUCGAUAAGUGCCUGCCCCGCCGCCACUUCCUCCAACUCCUCGAGGUCCGCCCGCACAACGUCCCGCCAGUGAACCAGCCGUCGCCGACGCGCCCCUUUCGUCUACAGUACGACCCGGAGUGGCUGGCUAUCACGCGCGUCUUCCACUCGUCCCUGACGAUCGGCGACCCGUCGGCACAGCCGAGUCCGGACCUGGGCGAGGAGCACUACGCGCCUCUUAUCGACGCGGAGCGCCGGUGGGUCGAGGAGAACGUCGUCGCAGGCAAGGACGGCGGGCUGGACGUGCCGCUCAACUUUGCGGUCACGGCGCCGCCGCACGCCGAGGGCGAGCCCGAGUCGGUGCCGCACCAGCCGUUCGAGUACACGAGCCCGCAGACGGCGGCGUUCUGUGCCAUGCUGGGGCUCGAGAACCUCUGGGACGCCGGCGACGAGGAGAGGAUGGAGAGGAGGGCCCGGGGCCCACCGGCCGGGGAGUUUAGGGGACACCGUGGCGGCGGUAGAGGGUUUCAUCGGGGAGGUGGACGGGGCGGCCGGGGACGGGGGAGGGGAAGGGGCGGCGGAGGUCGAGGCAGAGGUUGGCAUUGA